AUGGCGGAAGAAGUUACGGAAGAUGCGUGCUUCGACGAAGAGCUUCUUUUUACAGAAUUUGAGGCAGAAAAGGAAACAACGAGACCAUCGGAAGAGAGGCAUGAUUGCCCUGGUAAAAUUCCUCGGAACUCCUUACAGCAAGAAAACAUACGAUUGAAGAAUGCUUUGAAAUCUCUGAUCGGUGUGUGGAAGUUGAAAUGUAGUACUACAGGCGGACAACAAGAUCGUCAUUCUCCUUUAUUUCAGGGGAUUUUUUUCGAUAACAAGACUUCGAUCAGAUCCAGAGAAAAGGUUGAAGAAUUCAUUCAAACUUUACAACGACGAACCGACGACAUUAAUGAGAGGGAGUCGUUUGGAAGCCAAAAUUUUCCACCGUCCAUCUGUGACACAAAUUGUGAAGUGGGCAAGUUAGCCAGGGACAAUGGUUGUAGCCAACCUUUUUCCAUCAUUAGUUCUUUGCAGUACUACGAUGAAUAUUGCAUAGACUGCUGUGGGCUGCCUUUGGUCGAUUUAAAUCCUCAAAUUAGUGAUGGCUGGACCAUUCCUCAAUACGAACAAGUUUAUUUUCGAGUUUUGGCUCCAGAUCAAACACCAAAAGUGAGGCUAAAAAGUCGGAGUUGUUGUUUCAAUUGUGGAAAUCCUGGACACUCUCUCCAAGAUUGCACUGAGACACAUGACAUGCAAAGAAUCAAUGCAAACAGGCGAGAAUUUCUCAAUAAGUUUGCUUCACCAGUAAACUCUAAAACUAGAUACCACUUUGAUGAUUCAGCAAUGAAACGCUUUGGAAGAUUCAAACCAGGGGUGAUUUCUGACGAACUCAGGGAAGCACUUGGAAUUAAUGAGCAAGAUUUGCCACCAUACAUCUAUCGAAUGAGACAUUUGGGUUAUCCACCAGGGUAUUUACCCAAGGCCACAAAACCAAGUUUGCUUAUUUAUGAUGGUGAUGGCAGUAUAAAUGAUUAUAUUGAGGAGCAAGAUGAACAAAAGAAUGAGGAACACUUUAGAAGUUCUUUUAUUGAAUACCCAGGUUUUAAUACACCCAUACCAGAAGGUGUUAGAGACAAGAGUGCUGAGCUUAGAGCUCCUCCAAUGCUCCCUCAUCAGCAGAUUGAUAAUUUAGUGGCAAAGUAUGUGCACAUGAGAGGAAUGUCAUCAAACUCUGCUGCUUCGGGCAGUGACAGGAAACGAAAGAGCGAGAAACUGGAUCAGGAAGAGCAGGACAUGGAUGUUGAUGAAGAUGGUGGUGCUAAUCCUUCAAUAGAGCUGGGCUCAACAGUCCCACCACAUAAUCCUGCUGCUGCCAAGAGAACAAAGUAUGACACGCAAGGAGAUGUUGGUGUGGAUAACAGUGGUGGCUAUUCUCCCUCCCACCCUGGUGUUCAGUAUGGAUCACAGGAACAAGAACUUCUCCAGCAUUACAGGAAAUACUCUGAAAGCAAACCCACUCAUUUUGCCUUGAAGGAACUACACGGAGAAGCAAGCAGUGAUUCUAUCAAUAGUGAACCUAAGAAGAUAAGAAAGAAGGUCAGGAGGAGUGUGGAAGAAGGAGAAGUUGUCUCUGAUGAGGAGGGGGAGGGGGAGCUUGUUGAUGAGGAUGAGGUUGAGGACAAGGGGAAUGAGGAGGAAGUUGUUGAUGAUUAUCCUAAGGUUAUACCUGGCUGGUGGCUGGGAGAACCUUUAGAUUCUGUGUCAGAAACACAGCCUAAGCUGUCUCCUCCCCCUAGACCGUCUGUACUGCUGCCUUUGGAUGCUCUUUCGAGAUUCUACACCAACAGCACUGUGUUGCAGAAAAUGAGUUUUGAGGACAGAGUCAUGUGGCUAGAUCCAAUCUAUGGCAAUCUUCAACCAGUAUCAGGGCGAUAUGAAAGGCUCAGGAAACUUCUUGGAAAGAAAAACACUGCAAAAUAAAUCUGUAAAUGGACUUCGUGUCAGAGAAGAAAGAGACAUUUUUCGCUCACUAACGUUUUAUCGUCAGUUAUUGUUACCUGGUGAUUAAAAAUGGACUUUCCUCUUAUUUGAGGAAUUUUAAAUUUUUAGUUGAAACUAGUUCUUUGGGUUUGUUAUCUCCAGUGGAGUUGAUAUGUCAAAAUUAAUAGCAUUUUAGUCAUUUUUUAUCACCACUCAGAUCUGAGAGCAUGAACUAUUUUAGUAGGCAGCCAAAAUUUGUUAUGUCGCGUAUCUCUUUUCCAUGUUACGCCAAGCGCCUUGAAACACAAAAUCCUACCUUGAAGUUUUCGAAUUUUACAAAAUGCAAAUUGAAUCAUAGAAACUGAAAGAGGAAGUUGAACCACUUAAGUGUUUGGGCUCUUUAAUUAAUAGCCAACAGUCUCGUAUUUUUAUCUCCAAUUUUAAGGUUGUAAACUAGUAGUUGGCACAAGGCCUUUAAACCAGUAAAGACCACUAAGAGAUGAUUGAGCCCAUGUAUUCGUUUGGAGCCACAUUUCAAAUUAUAUAAAUCGCAAUUGUAAACAAUUCGAACUCCUUUUGAUAUCAAUGGAGGUCAACAAGAUUGGAACAUGUUUUAGUUUGUUCUCUGUAUGUAUUUUAGU